AUGCAUCACUCUACUCUCCUCGCCCUCGGCCUGGCCGCCGGGCAGGCUGUCGCUGAGACUGUUCACGGCGUGGUCGUCUUCUCCCGUCAUGGUGACCGUACUUCCAAGCACUACUCUGGGUACGGACUGACGUCCCUCGGUGCUUCACAAAACUUCCAGGUCGGCAGCGACUAUCGUGCUCGCUACCUGGAGGCCGGAUCUGCCCAUCAGAUCCUGGGCAUCUCGCCUGAUGAAUACAAGCCCUCGCAGAUCUUCGCCAGUGCUCCCACCAGCGGCAUCCUCUCCAACACGGCCACGGCCUUCCUCCAGGGCCUGUACCCUCCCCUGGCCGACAUCAACCAGGAGCUCUCCAUCAGCAAGCUCAACAACGGCAGCGACAGCACCGCGCCCCUCGAGGGCUACCAGUACGUGCUCCUCACCAGCAUCGGCGCCGAGUCGCCCGACACCAUCUGGAUCAAGGGCGGCGUGGGCUGCCCGUCCUACACCAACGCCUCCAAGUCGUUCAAGGACAGCGCCGACUUCAAGGCGCGCUCAACUGCCACCAAGGACUUCUACGCCGGCUUCUACGACGCCCUGUCCCCCGGGGUAGCCGACCUCAAGCCCGACAACAUGACGUACAAGAACGCCUACGACAUCUUCGACCUGGCCAACACGGCCCGCAUCCACAACUCGUCCUCGGCGGCGCGCAACAUCUCCGACGCCGACAUGUUCCAGCUGCGCACCCUCGCCGACUCGGCAGAGUUCGGGACCAACUACAACGAAUCCCAGCCCGCGCGGUCCAUCGGCGCCCAGACCCUCGCCGGCGGUGUCCUCGCCCAGCUCAACCAGACCGUCGCCACCAAGGGGAAGCUCAAGUUCUCGCUCUUCGCGGGGAGCUACGACACCUUCCUAUCGUUCUUCGGCAUCACGGGGCUGACCUCGCUGUCGACCGACUUUGAGGGUCUGCCCGACUACGCGUCCACCAUGGUCUUUGAGCUCUUCACCGACGCCACGACGGACAAGUUCCCCGACAACGUCGCGGACCUCAAGGUCAGGUGGAUGCUGCGAAACGGCACCGCGGGCGCCCUAACUGCCUACCCUCUCUUCGGGCAGAAGGAGGAGGCGCUCCCCUACAUGCAGUUCCGCACCGAGAUGGACAAGCGAGCCAUCUCGGACGUCAAGACGUGGUGCAACACCUGCUCCUCGCAGGAGCAGUUCUGCGCCGCGUACAAGACGAGCGACGACGAUGCCACGGUCCAGACCAACGGCGGCUCCAAGGGCGGCAUGUCCAACGCUGUGGCUGGUGUGAUUGGCGCCAUGGUCACGCUCGGCGUCGUGGCCAUUGUCGGUGCAAUUGCGUUUGUGCUGCUGAGGAAGAGAAGGGCGCAGGGCGCAGUGGCGGCGAGUGAGGAUAUGGAGAAGAAGCGGAGUCUUGACAGCAGGACCCCUUCGGCGUAA